UCCACCCGGUGCGGAGACGCCUCGCCUCGCCCCGAGGUUUGCGCCGAGCCCCGGGCGUGGGGGGAGGGGACGGGAACUGCCGAGCUGCCGAGUCCCCCCCGGCUUGGAGGAGCCGGGGGCGCCCCCGAACCAGGUGAACUUUGAACGCGGAAAACUCCAGCCAGGUGCCGGGACCCGCGCGGCGCCAGACGGGACCCCGCGCACAGCGCGCGCGGGGCUGGGGAGCCGGAGCCCCGCGGCCUCCCUGCGCCCGCGCCCGGGACGGCCUCGCCUCGGAGCCCCCGGCCCUGCCCCGGCUCCGCCGCCCCGGACCCGCCGCGGCGCCCCGCGGCUGUUUCUUCCCCCUCCCCCCUUGGGGGUAGGGGUGGGGUGGGGGUGGGGUGGGGCGGGGGCUAGGGGCGCCCGCAGGGGCGCAUCUAUUGGCAGCUUUGUUAUUGAUCCGAAACUGCUGGGCCGCCAACUUGGCUGCGAGGCCGGCUUCGCGCGACCCUGGAGUUCCCGCCUCGGUCCUGUCCCCCAAACUGACAGGUGCUCCCAGCAACUUGCUGGUGACUUCUCGCCGCUCCCCCGGCCGCCCCGCGUCCCCACCCCCCCCUUCCUCCCUCGCCUUCACCCCCACCCCCACCACUUCGGCACAGCUCAGGAUUUGUUUAAACCUUGGGAAACUGGUUCAGGUCCAGGUUUUGCUUUGAUCCUUUUCAAAAACUGGAGACACAGAAGAGGGCUCUAGGAAAAAGUUUUGGAUGGGAUUAUGUGGAAACUACCCUGCGAUUCUCUGCUGCCAGAGCAGGCUCGACGCUUCCACCCCAGCGCAGCCUUCCCCUGGCGGCGGUGAAAGAGACUCGGGAGUCGCUGCUUCCAAAGUGCCCGCCGCGAGUGAGCUCUCGACCCCGUCAGCCAAAUGCUCCUCUUCGGGCUUCUCCUGCUGACAUCUGCCCUGGCCGGCCAGAGACACGGGACUCAGGCUGAGUCCAACCUGAGUAGUAAAUUCCAGCUCUCCAGCACCAAGGAACAGAACGGAGUACAAGAUCCUCAGCAUGAGAGAAUUAUCACUGUGUCUACUAAUGGAAGCAUUCACAGUCCAAGGUUUCCUCAUACUUAUCCAAGAAAUAUGGUCUUGGUAUGGAGAUUAGUAGCAGUAGAGGAAAACGUAUGGAUACAGCUUACAUUUGAUGAAAGAUUUGGGCUAGAAGACCCAGAAGAUGACAUAUGCAAGUAUGAUUUUGUAGAAGUUGAGGAACCCAGCGAUGGAACUGUAUUAGGGCGCUGGUGUGGUUCUGGUUCUGUGCCAGGAAAACAGAUUUCUAAAGGAAAUCAAAUCCGGAUAAGAUUUGUGUCUGAUGAAUAUUUCCCUUCUGAACCAGGGUUCUGCAUCCACUACAACAUUGUUGUGCCACAAUUCACAGAAGCUGUGAGUCCAUCAGUGCUACCCCCAUCAGCUUUGCCCCUCGACCUGCUUAAUAACGCUGUCACUGCCUUCAGUACAUUGGAAGAUCUUAUUCGAUAUCUUGAACCAGAUCGAUGGCAGUUGGACUUGGAAGAUCUGUAUAGGCCAACUUGGCAACUUCUUGGCAAGGCUUUUGUUUUUGGAAAAAAAUCCAGAGUGGUGGAUCUGAACCUUCUAAAAGAGGAGGUGAAGUUGUACAGCUGUACACCUCGUAACUUCUCUGUGUCCAUAAGGGAAGAACUAAAGAGAACUGACACAAUUUUCUGGCCAGGCUGUCUCCUGGUUAAACGCUGUGGUGGAAACUGUGCCUGCUGUCUCCAUAAUUGCAAUGAAUGUCAAUGUGUUCCAAGUAAAGUUACUAAAAAAUAUCAUGAGGUCCUUCAGUUGAGACCAAAGAUUGGUGUCAGGGGAUUGCAUAAAUCUCUCACCGAUGUGGCCCUGGAGCACCAUGAGGAGUGUGACUGUGUGUGCAGAGGGAGCACGGGAGGAUAACCGCAUCUGUGGCAGCCAUUGCCCAGAGCCGCCAGCUCAGUGGCUGAUUCUGUUCUAGAACUUACGCAUUUUCUCCAUCCAUAAUCUCAGUUGUUUGCUUCAGGGACUUUUCAUCUUCAGGAUUUACAGCAUGUUCUAAAAGAAGAGACACAAGCGGAAUCAGGAGUUGUGCAACAGCUCUUUUGAGAAGAGGCCCAAAGGACAGGAGAAAAAGUCUUCCAUCGUGGAAAAAAAAAGAUUAAAUGUUGUAGAUCACUAGCUAGUAACAGAGACACCGUGUCCUUACUCAGCUAGCUCUGCUCCAUAUUUCAGUUAUCUCAAGAUGGCUUAGGGUCGUGUAAGUAAAGGAAAAAACUGUGCAAAUGGGCACCUGAUUCUUUUCUCUUGCUUAACUCUAAAGCUCCAUGUGCUGGGCCUAAAAUCACAGAAAUCUGGAAUUUUUUCCCCUUAUAUUCACAUACAUAAACCAGAGCAUUCUAUGUUCUACAAUCAUGGUUUUUAAAAAGGAACUGUGUUGCUAUGAAUUAAAUUUAUGUCAUGCUGAAAGAAAGACUGGAUUUUCCAUAUUUCUUAAUUAAAAUUUCUACCAUUUAGAAGAAGAGAACUACAUUCAUGGUUUGGAAGAGACAAACCUGAAAAAGAAGAGUGGCCUUAUCUUCACUUUAUCUACAAGUUGGUUUAUUUGUUUUAUUGUGUACAUUUUUAUAUUCUCCUUUUGACAUUAUAACUGUUUGCUUUUCUAAUCUUGUUAAAUAUAUCUAUUUUUACCAAAGGUAUUUAAUAUGCUUUUUUAUGACAACCUAGAUCAACUAUUUUUAGCUUGUUAAAUUUUUCUAAACAAAUUGUUAUAGCCAGAGGAACAAAGAUGAUAUAAAAUAUUGUUGCUCUGACAAAAAUACAUGUAUUUCAUCCUCGUAUGGUGCUAGAGCUUAGAGAAAUCUGCAUUUCAAAAUAUUGAAAGGGAAGUUAAUUGAAUUUGGUAAGUUGCAAAGACAUUUUGAAAAAUAAAUAUGUCUUCCACCUCUAUUAUUGGAGAUGCAAAUUAAAGCUAUGAAAUUAGACAUUCAGAUGCCGGCAUUACUAGUCCCCAACCUUUCUUUUGGGAAAUAUGAGCCUAGCUCAGAAGAACAUAAAUCUCCUUGAAAUAAGAAACUUGGCAGUUUCCUGAGAAACAUGUUCCGCUGUCCUGUAGGUACACAUCCUAUUUAUUGUGAUGUUCUGGUUUUAUCUUUAAACUCUGUUCCAUACAUGUGUAUAAAUACAUGGAUAUUUUUAUGUACAGAAGUAUAUCCUUUAACCAAUUCACUUAUUGUACUCUUUGGCAAUUGAAAAGAAAAUCAGUAAAAUACUUUGCUUGUAAAACGCUUAAUAUUGUGCCUAGGUUAUGUGGUGACUAUUUGAAUUUAAAAUGUAUUGAAUCACCAAAUAAAAGAAUGCAGCUAUUUUGGAGAGAAAUU